AACGAGAACAAACCACGCGAAAGAGAGAGUGAGAGAAACACGGAGAUUAAAGUAAUAAUAAUACCUUCUCGACGUAUCAGGGAAUGAAGUCAAUGGACAACAUGCAGCUUGGCAAGAGGGUGGUCACGUGACAGCGGGUGCGAUUGCUUUAAUAAUUGAUGCGAUAUAUUGGAUGCCCGCUGAUGACGUUGGGGGGCUGAGAGUGGAGACGCCAUGUUGGAAUCGGGCAGAGCUGACAGACAAAAAAGAGAAUAAAUAUAAGACAAAAUCGGACCGAAAUCGCCGCCAUCACGGGUGGAAGUGAAAACAUUCAAUACCUUUUUUUGAAAAAGGACUUAUGCGGAAGAAUAUUGUCUACGAAGCAUCAGUGCAAGUGACUGCUUGACUUUUUAAAAAGACUCAUACGAGUGCUUGCUUUGAUUGCAACGGGAGGACUCGUAUAUAUUGAGCAAACUUUAUUAUCUCUUCAUUUGAAGAGGUUUAAACUAUUACAGUUUCUGUAUGAACAUUGGGCUGUAAACUGAACUUGCAUAUACAUAUAUAUUUUAUAUAUAUAUAUAAAUAUAUAUAUAAAAUGACCACAGCCAGGACGGAAAUUCCCGUUAUUAUGGGUUUGUCUACUCAGAACGGGCAGUUGAGAGGCCCACUGAAAUCCAGUACAGUCCCAGGAGGUGUGCCACCACAGCAAGUCGCACAGACCAAUCAACAGCUACAGCAACUAAAAAAUGCCAGCACACUUAAUGGCACUCAGCAGCAAGCACAUACAACCAGCAGUACUAUCAAACCAGGUGAUGACUGGAAGAAAAGUUUAAAGUUGCCUCCAAAAGACAGGCGGAUGAAAACUUCGGAUGUAACUGCCACAAAAGGAAAUGAAUUUGAAGAUUAUUGUUUGAAGCGCGAGUUGCUAAUGGGCAUUUUUGAAAUGGGUUGGGAGAAACCAUCUCCAAUCCAGGAGGCAAGUAUUCCAAUUGCAUUGUCUGGCAGAGAUAUAUUGGCCAGAGCCAAAAACGGAACAGGUAAAAGUGGAGCCUACCUCAUUCCAUUACUUGAAAGGCUGGACCUGAAGAGAGACUACAUUCAAGCUAUGGUGAUUGUGCCUACCCGAGAACUGGCACUGCAAGUCAGUCAGAUCUGUAUCCAAGUCAGCAAACACAUGGGUGGUGUAAAAGUGAUGGCUACCACAGGAGGAACCAAUCUCCGGGAUGACAUCUUAAGACUUGAUGAGACAGUUCAUGUGGUGAUUGCAACACCUGGAAGAAUCCUGGAUUUGAUUAAGAAGGGUUUGGCUAAAGUGGACAACAUACAGAUGAUUGUACUUGAUGAGGCAGACAAACUACUGUCACAAGACUUUGUACAGAUGAUGGAGGAUAUAAUUUCUACAUUACCAAGAACCAGACAGAUACUGCUUUACUCUGCCACGUUCCCACUCAGUGUACAGAAAUUCAUGAAUUCGCAUUUACAGAAACCGUACGAAAUUAAUCUGAUGGAAGAGCUAACAUUGAAAGGAGUAACCCAGUACUAUGCGUAUGUUACUGAACGGCAGAAAGUGCACUGUCUCAACACACUCUUUUCUCGGCUUCAGAUUAACCAGUCAAUUAUAUUCUGCAACUCUUCCCAGCGCGUAGAGCUGCUGGCCAAGAAAAUCUCUCAGCUGGGUUAUUCCUGUUUCUACAUUCAUGCUAAAAUGAGGCAGGAACAUCGUAACCGUGUGUUCCACGAUUUUAGAAAUGGAAUGUGUCGCAAUUUGGUUUGCACUGAUCUGUUCACUCGUGGUAUUGAUAUCCAAGCUGUGAAUGUUGUAAUAAAUUUUGAUUUUCCAAAGAUUGCGGAGACCUACCUACAUCGCAUUGGCAGAUCAGGGCGGUUUGGCCAUCUGGGCCUGGCAAUCAAUCUAAUCACAUAUGAUGACCGCUUUAAUCUGAAGGCCAUUGAGGAGCAGCUUGGAACCGAGAUCAAGCCCAUCCCUGGCAGCAUUGAUAAAAGUCUGUAUGUUGCAGAAUAUCACAGUGAGCCAGACGGAGAGGAUAAACAGUAACUUCAGAUUAAUUUGGCCCAAUCACAGAAUACAGAAACUGAAGAUUUUUUUUUUUUUUUUUGCCUGUUCCGGAACACAUCAUUUCUUGGGAUACCCUUCUCUUUUCUUUGUCUAAGACAACACCAAACUCCCAUUUUCCUUUGUUUGAUGACACAAAGUGUAGUUCCUGAUUUGUGAAGGACCAUUUCUUCCUGAGCUCGUAUGGUUUGCACUGUGUGCAGGGAGUGGACAACUAUUGCACUAACUGGCACGGGAGAUCUAGACUAAGUAGCACUGAAGAGCUGAACUGAACAGUGAACAGCACACUUUGUUGUAUUCUUUUUCCUUCCUUCCCCUCCUUUUACCCCUCCAUUUUUUGUUUUGCUGAAGCCACUGACCAGGAUAUUCAUCUGAUGGCUUCUCAACUUCUCCCAGUGCACGUACUCGUCAGUCUUAGGCUACAAAGAUUUUAUGGUAUUUGUAUAAAGUGCCUUAAGGUGAUGCAGGACCAUAUGAAUACCAUCCCUAUGUUAUAGUCAUCCAUUUUUUGAGGGGGAGG